AUGGUUAACCCUAUCCCAAAUUUUGCAAAGCAUGUUUGGUCCAAAUGGAACAUUCGAGGUGUUAUCCUUGUGAGUCUGAGCAUGCAGAUCUUUCUCAUCUUCGUAGCACCUUUCAGAAAACGCUCUAGAAAUGCAUGGUUGGUUUUGUUGCUUUGGUUCGUAUACCUUGCUGCAGAUGUCACUGCCAACUACUGUGUUGGCCUCAUCUCCAACAAAUAUGGCGAUAAAGACUCGUCAAUUGACACUGUCAAAGACUACUUGCUCGCGUUCUGGACACCCUUUCUGCUGAUGCAUUUGGGUGGCCCUGAUACCAUCACUGCUUUUUCUGUGGAGGACAAUGAACUUUGGCUCAGGCACAUGCUUCAACUCAUUGUGCAGGUAAUUCUAACAGGUUACGUGUUCCUCUUGACACUUCCUAAAAACACCUUAUGGAUCCCUACAGCCCUAGUUUUCGUGGCAGGGGUCAUAAAGUUUGCAGAAAGAACUCGUUCUCUUCAACUUGCUAGUCUUAGCAACUUUAGACAAUCUAUGAUUCGUCCUCCAGAUGCAGGUCCAAAUUAUGCAAAGCUCAUGGAGGAACUGAAUUCUAGAAGGGAAGCAGGACUUCCCACCCAAAUUGUAACCAUGCCAGAAAUUUCAGAUGAAUUCAUGGACAUUGAGCCAGAACCAAGUGGUGCCAAAGCAGAUCAUGAACACACCAACGUAGCAUCCACCAAAGAAAGAGAUGAUCCAAUUGAUGCCAUCAACACUUCCCAACAAUCUCAAGAGAAAGAAACACCCGAUAGUGCCGACAAAUCACUAUCCAAAGGUGUCCCUAACGAUGGUUCGGCCGGUGCUGCUGCAAAGCAUGAAGAGGAAAAUCAUCGGAAAAGACAUGAUGCAGUUAAGGGCAAUGAGGAAGAAAAGCUAUUGGAUGUGGAAGUAGUGAAGGGUGCUUAUGACUACUUCAACACGUUUAAAAAACUCGUUGUCGAUAUGAUCUUCAGCUUCCAAGAACUCAAUAUCAGUCGCACGUAUUUGCAAGAUCUAACAGCAGUGGAUGCUUUGAGAGUGAUAGAAGUUGAACUCAACUUCAUCUACCAAGCUUUCUACACCAAGGAAACCACCAUAAACAACUGGUUAGGUUUAUUCUUUCGAGUUGUGUCCAUUGUCUCAGUCGUAGCAGCCUUUGUUGUUUUCAUUUAUGACCAAAAGAAGGGCUGCGAUCCCUUUGAUAUUAAAGUCACCUACAUAUUGUUGUAUGGUGCUGUGGCCUUGGAUGUAGUGUCUAUUUUCAUGCUCCUUCUCUCUGACCACUCAUUUGCAUCUAUUUACUCUUGGGUCUCUCAGAAAGUCAGUGAUUCUGAUAGUGGCACUGGCACAGAUACAAGAACAUCCAAACUAGCCUCCAUUUUCAGUUGGGUCCUCAAGCUUUACACACCUAAGUGGACACAAGACGAGAUUAACAAGCCCGAAUGGUUUAAAAAUAAGAGAUAUAGUGUGUUGAAAAGACGCCUAGUGUUUCGUAGAUGGUCUGAAACCAUCUCCGGGUACAACUUGAUAUCAUUUUGCCUACACAAGAAGAAAAAAUGGUUGGAUUGGGUGAUCGAUAAAAUUGGAGCGAAAGAGUUUGUGGAACAAUGGAAGUAUGAGAAGAAGAUGCCAUUGCUUCAGAGACUUUGGAUAUUUAUAUUUACCGAGUUGAAAAGAAAAUCUGGGGAUGCGGAUGAUGUUGAAACUAUUCAAAGAAUAUGCUCCUCCAGAGGUGAGUGGGUUAUCCAGGAAGGUGAACUAUCACGUGAUGAUCUGAACAAAUUGAUGCAUUAUGUGGAACGCAACGAAGUCACCUUUGAUCAGUGCCUAAUUCUGUGGCACAUUGCCACUGACCUAUUAUUCUAUGAAGAGGAAGAUGAGAUGCAAGAGAAGAAAGAGGGGGAAAACAAGAAUGAUGAGCAGAAAAAGAACAAAAAUACUGCUCAAGAUCUCGAGCAAGGAAUUCAUGGUGACGAUGAUGAUGGUGCGAAUAAAAGUGAUUUUGAAGAUAUUGAGCUGAAACAUUUUAGCAAGGUUUUGUCGGAUUACAUGCUGUACCUUUUGAUCAUGCAACCUACGAUGAUGUCUGCUAUUAGGGGAAUUGGGCAGAUAAGGUUCCAAGACACAUGUGCUGAGGCCACUAACUUCUUUAGCAAGAGGGAAAUGAUUGCUCCUGGAGAAAGAAAAAUGAAACAGCCUUCUAGAACAAAAACCAGGAGCCCCACAUUGAAGCUUAAAGAAUUCAUUCACUUCAUCAAAAAGGUGUUAAGUAGCAUUCGCUGUGGAGGAAUCUUCUUCAAAAACCAAGGUAAGGAUGAUGAAGCAGGAAAAAGUGCAGAGCAGAAGGCAUGCAACAAACUGACAGGUGUGCGUGUUGAAAUUGAACCCUCAGCUGUGAAGGGAGAUAGGAGCAAAUCUUUGUUAUUCGAUGCCUGUAAACUGGCCACUGUCAUAAAGGAUUUAAAAGGGACGAACAAAUGGAAACUGAUGGCACAAGUAUGGGUGGAAAUAUUAUCAUAUGCAGCAACUAAUUGCAUACCUAUCACCCAUGUCCGGCAACUUAGUAAAGGUGGAGAAUUCCUUUCCCUUAUUUGGCUACUGAUGACUCAUUUAGGCCUAGCCAAACAGUUUCAAAUCAAAGAAGGCCAUGCAAGGGCAAAAUUGGUCGUAACUGAAGACGAUCAGGGCAACUAA